UCAAUAGAGGGCGGUAUAGAACCAGUACACGAAACUCAUAAUAUAUAACUGACGCGACUGGCAGCCCUGCUCUAUAAUAAAUGCAUUCAAAAAUCGAAAUUAAUAAAAAUGAUGGCAUAGCUUUCUUGUUCACGACUAUUUUAAGCGGAUGGCUAAUUAUUAAACUUUUUAGUAACGUUAUUUACAAACCCUACAAAAUGGUCAAAUAUAUUGCAUUUAUGGACGUUUUAAGGCAAGAGGAAAUUGAAAAGUUUUUUCAUGCUUGCCAAAUGCAUCGAGAGUACUACAAGGGUUAUCCUAGAAGUCAUCAUCCAUUAACGUACUUCAGAGAGCCACAAUACGCAUUCCAAUGUCCCUCUGAAAUGUCGGAGUCUUAUCUGAGUUUUCCGGCUUAUCAUGUAAAGUACAAACAACCUGCUAUUUUACCACCAACAACUGGAAGGACUUCUGGUUUUCCGCAACUUCCCGAUCGUUCUGUCGCCGGUCGUUUUAAUAAAUCCCCCUGUAAGGCUUUUGUUAGAUAAUUGAUUUAUUUUAUUUUUGAAAAAUAUAAACCAAAAACAGAUUGUACCUACAUAUUA